GUGAUACUGAUAGACAUUUUGCAUCAUACACUAGCAGCUGUAGAGAGAGGAGUGAAUUUGUGCUUCCGUGGAUUGGGAUAGUUUUGAAUUGUACUGACAAUUCUUAAAAGGAAAUACUGCAUCAAAUGGAUCAAUACUCGAGUGUACAAUAAUUUUCUUUCAAAUCAGAAUCAAUGCGACUAGAAGUCAACAAACAAUAUGGAUCGAUCAAUAUCGAACUUCAAGGUAUCGAAGCCACCAGGUUACCGGGAAGAAACAUCAGACGAAGACAGCAUCACUCCACCAGCUUCUCCGACUCAUACCAACCCUCUCACCAACGACCAUAGCGAGUAUCAAUCAUCGGCGAUUGAUAACACUGAUGGUGGUGGCGAACACGACAACGCGAAGAAGGUACCGCGCGCCGAUCGCGAUGACGUCGGCAUCGCGAAUGGGAUAUUCAAUGAUGACAAGGGAAGCAAGGUCAACUCCCAGGUAAUCCUCCCCGUGGAUGACGUCAAGAGAGACGGUUUGGGCGGGAAGAACUCGGCACCGGUUGACCAGAAGAAGGGUGACCAGGAGAAAGGCUUGGUCGAUAAAGGAGUACCCGGAGAGAAGGGCGUGGCUGGUAAAGGGGUGCAUGGGGAGAAGGAUGGGGUGACGAAUGAUGCGAUCCGUGGAAGAGUGCAGAGUAACGGAGGAACCGUGGAAGAGAACGGGGCACCACCAAUCGAAUCCAGUCAUCACCUUGAUCAAAUGAAAGAGGGGAAGAUUGCAUUCAUACCCCGAGAGGGUAGCGAGGAACAUCUUUUCUUGCUCAUCGACGAGUUCGAAGAAGCUAUGACGUCAAAAGAAAAGGGCGGGUCCGGUCGUGGCUUGGCAACGAUAUGGGCAAAGUUUCUUCCCAUAGUUCUGUGUACCAUCAGUGAACUAACCACUCUGAAGGAUAAGGUGAAAUACUACAUGGUUGAGAAUAGAAGCCUUCAGAAGGAAGUCCGACAGGUGAAAAGGGAGAGUGAAGACAGAAAUGAUAAAGAUGCUAGCGGUGGUACCAAGACCCCAGCGGUAAUCAAAGAGUCUACCCAGAAUGGGAAAGCACCAUCAAGCAACGUUACGUCUGAGAAACCUCAAAAACAAGCUCCAGAUAAAGAUGACCAGACGACAAGAGAACUGAAAAAGCUUCGGAGUCAAAAUAAAGAGCUCCAGCGAGUCAAUCACUCGUGGGAGAAGUACUGCAAGAAACUGAUAGACAAGUGUGAGAUCGACCUGAAGAAGAAAACGGCCCAACUGGCUGCGUCAGAAGAACGACGCAAGGACCUUCAGAAAAGAUUGGAUGAUAAGUUCAAAGACUACGACCACACACUUCUUCUUGCCAAGCGCUCUGAAGGGCAAUGCAAGGCUGCCGCUGAGCAAUACAAGAAGGACAGAGACGCCUUCCGAUUGAAGUAUGACGAAAUGACAACAAAGCUGCGAGAUUGGAUCAAGGAAAGAGAGGAUAAGGAUAAGGAGAUCCAACGUCUCAACAAGGUAGUGGAGCGACAGGCAGCACAACCACCAUACGGAAACAUGACUUAUGUCAAAGAAGACCUGGAGGGAUGUCUUGGUCACCCGAAGACAACCAAGAGGGCGCCACGUGAAAUGGUAAACGGAUCACCUGUGAAAAUCUAUCAAAAUCUUGAUGAUGAUGAUGCAGAGGUCACCAAGAAGGAGAAGCAGGCUAGAGAGUCAGCAGCACGUCCGAAAUCGCCUCGCUCACCACCCAAAUCACCAUCUGCAGAACCACCGAAAGGCAACCCCUUGACUUUGGGCAAGGACGAACUCAAGGAUCAGAUUGAACUCUACCGUCAACAGAUCGAUGUGUUCCGAACGGAUUUCAUCCAAGAGAGGCACGACCGAGAGAAGGCAGUUGGUCAGGUGGAUUCUUUGAAGAAAGAACUGGAGAAGACAAAGAAGAGACUGGAAGAACUGCAACAGAACCGAAUUGAACACGAUUUCCUUGGACUUGGACAGGACUACACACUAAGGCUACCACGUGAAGAAACAAAGAUGCUCCGAGGAGGGGGGAGACACAUGGGCAAUGGGAGACAGUAUGCCUUUCAGCAUUACGUGGAUCUGCCUGAGAACCACGUAUACUCUGUGAUCGAAGACUAAGCGAGUGAGUAACCACAUAGCAGAGUCUAAACCCCCUUCAAAGGGCUUCAAAGUGGGGAUCAACCUCUACUUCACUUACGACUUCGGAGACGGCCAGGGUAAUGGAGGUCGUCCUGCAGGAUGCCGGGAAGGCGCCUGCGCCACGCUGCGCUUUCUCUACGGAGACGCAGUGAUGGAAUCCCUGACGGCGUCAGUGACGCCACUGGCCUUGUGUAACUUAUGUUCCUACGUUCUUAAUAAUGAUCGAAGACGUAAACCUAAGCGAUUGCGUCCAAGGUUCGAUUUUUGGCGACGUUAUACGGCAGAAUGCCGUUGUCCACUUCAUACGAUAUUAAUGACCUUACGAGAGUUUCGAUUUAGUAUAUUUAAACAUACGUUGUCAUGACAUAAGCUAAACGUACCCCGUAUUUCCGCCCUUAUGUAGGCUAAGCUAAAGUUACCCAUUGUUAUGUUAUUGACCCCUCUUAUGUAACCUAAAAAUAAACGCUUUAAGAGCGUGAUGUGAUACUGCCAUUACAAAAUUAUAUAUUAAGUUAGAGAAAUUUACCGAUAAUAUGUAUCUACUUGCCGGUUUUUGUUUUUGGCAUUGUCUAUCCCUCGCUUUUUAUUUGCAAUUCGCUAAUUACCCUUGAUUAUUGUGGAAUUUUCAUUUGCGAUCCCUCACCCCCCCCCCCCCUCU